GGGGCGCAGCUGCCAAUACUACUGCCGCACUCCUGCUGGGCGCGCCAUGGCUCGCGGGCAGACCGACGGAGCCGCGGACGCUCGCCCGCCGAGACGCGGCGCCCCUGCCCGCCGCCGGUCCAGCAGCCUCUCGCCCGGCGCUGCCCGGCGGGUCCCCAAAGCAGCAGCCGCUCCACGCCCCUGGCUCGCCAUGCGCUCCUGCGCCGUCCUGGCGUUCCUGCUGUGCGCCGGGCAAGUCACUGCCCUCCCCGUGAACAGCCCUAUGACUAAAGGGGACACCGAGGUGAUGAAGUGCAUUGUUGAAGUCAUCUCUGACUCGCUUUCCAAGCCCAGCCCCAUGCCUGUCAGCCAGGAGUGUUUGGAAAUCCUCCAGGGAGAUGAACGGAUCCUUUCCAUCCUGCGACACCAGAAUUUGCUGAGGGAGCUCCAGGACCUCGCUCGCCAAGGGACCAGGGAGAGGGCACAGCAACAAAAGAAGCACAGCAGCUUCGAGGAGGAGCUCUCAGAGGUGGCAGGGAACAACGGUGACAAGGCCAGACAGGACGAGGUGAUGGAGGAAGCGUCCCCCAAGGAGGCCGUGAAACCAGGAAGGGACGCUAAGGAGACGAGCAGUGAAGCCACAGAAGGAGCUGGGCCCCAGGCCCUCCCAGAACCUGGGCAGGGGUCCAUGAUCUCACGGAGCAAUCAGACCCCCAGCGAGGAGGAAGAGGACAGCGAGGAGGAGGUGGCACCGGCGGCACCCGACACCCAGCCUCCAGCCAACCUACCCAGCGAAAAACGCCCAGGCCUGCAGCCUGUGGGGGACGCUGAGGGCCCUACACGGGGUCUGGGAGACAGCGAGGAGGACCUGGGCACACAGGAAGGGCAGCCAGCAAAGAGAGAAGAGGAGGAGGAACAAGAGGAGGAGGAAGAGGCUGGAAAGAAGGCUGGGCCUGGGGAAGAAGACCCCACUGCAGCACUGAGCUCCCACCAGGACCUCAGUGACAAGGAGAGCCCAGAAGGUCAUUUGGAGGCCCUGGCUGUGAAUGGAGCUGGGAAGACCGGGGCUGAGGAGGCUCAGCCCCCCGAGGGGAUGGGAGAGCAGGAGCAAGAGGAGGACAUGGCAGGGGCCCCUCCAGGCCCCUUCCGGGGCGGGAAGAGCGGGGAGCUGGAGCCGGAGGAGGAGCGGCUCUCCAGGAAGUGGGAGGACUCCAAGCGCUGGAGCAAGAUGGACCAGCUGGCCAAGGAGCUGGCAGCCAAGAAGCGGCUGGAGGAGGAAGACGAGGGGGAGGAGGACCCCGACCGCUCCAUGAAGCUCUCCUUCCGGGCCCAGGCCUAUGGCUUCCCGGGCCCUGAGCCGCAGCUGAGGCGAGACUGGAGGCCGUCUUCCCGGGAGGACAGCAUCGAGGCCGGCCUGCCCCUCCGAGCCCGCAGCUUCCCUGAGGAGAAGAAGGAAGAGGAGGGCAGUGCCAACCGCAGAGCAGAGGACCAGGAGCUGGAGAGCCUGUCAGCCAUCGAGGCAGAGCUGGAGAAGGUGGCCCACCAGCUGCAGGCGCUGCGGAGGGGCUGAAGCACUGGGAGAGGGGUGGCCAGGGCCCCAAGUUGCCCCAUGGCCCUGGCUCGGUGGUCCCCUCUGCAGGCCCUGGCCAGGCGGGCUGGACACUGCUUCCGGUAGGCAGGUGUCCUCCAGCCCACCCAAGCCCAGAUCACCCUGUCACCCCCUCCCCCGUCUGCUCUCACCCCCAUGGGGCAGCUCCGUAACUUUCAACACGGAUUAUUUCUCUGUGAGCACUGGCAGCUUUCUAGAAGUCCCCCCUCCACGUUUGCACCCACUGGGCACAACUGCAAUAACUUCUGUUCUUUUGGUGAAAGCUGAGAACUCCUGACUAUAAUAUAUUCUGUAAAAGAAUUAUCGAAAGAAAAAUAAAUCUGCUCUGGCCUCUUU